CUUCAUCUGUUUCCUCUUGCACACUCGCCGAAGCUCUUGGCCCCAUCUGCUGAAACGCGUCCCUGUCCUUGACCGUCUUCAUCGACGACUUGCUUCAUCGUCCAAUUAAUCGCCGCCGCCGCCGCUGAUGAAUUCGACAUCAUACCGAUCGCUUCAAGUGUUUCCCACUGCCUCGCCAGAGAGGUAUCUCUAAAAUCUACUCCAAAGGAAAGAGGUCUAAAACCCCCAAAAACACCUCAAUGGUUUGGUGUUUGAUCUGAAAUUCUGAAUAUGAUAUCUAUGGAGUAUUAUAUUUUUGCGAUCUGAACAACAUGAGUAGUCGAUUUGACCCGACCCGGCACACGCCCAACCCUAGACACGAUGGCUUUUAGUGUUGCCCAUAGGACAAAUGCUACCCAAAGGCCAAAUAUGAUUCGGCAUCUAUAAAAGUCGAAUACUGUACCAAAUAAUGCAAUACUCCGUAUUAUACUUUAUAUAGAGAGUGCAUUCUUCUAUCAUUUCGUGGGAAAUAGAUGUCUCUUCUGAGCAAAGUUCAUGGUAUUUCUUCAUCUUCAAAUGCCGGAUUGAGAAAAUUUGAAUCUUUUAAACUGAAGAGGGUUCGCUCAAUCCACUAUGCAUCCCAUUCUAAUUCCCCAUUCAUUGAGUGGCAUUCAGUGGAGAGGUACAAGAGAGACAACUGGAUAUACAAGAGUGAAUUGCAGCAGCCUCCUUCGCACCCGCUCCCAGCUGACCCUAGCUUUGUGAGGGACUAUGACAUUGCCCAGCAGCUUCCUGAGCUCAAGAAGUUGCUUCAGGUGUUGAAAGAGAAGCGCAGGGAGAGUUAUGACUCCGGGAAGAGAGGUCCCGGGAAUGUGUUUUUGGUGGGGACUGGACCGGGGGACCCGGAACUGUUGACUCUCCGGGCAUUGAGAGUGAUUCAGAGUGCUGAUUUGGUGUUGUAUGAUAGAUUGGUCUCCAAUGAUGUUCUCAAUCUAGUGGGUCCUGAUGUUAGGCUUCUCUAUGUUGGCAAAACUGCUGGGUACCAUAGCAGAACACAGGAAGAAAUUCAUGAGUUGCUUCUUAGUUUUGCUGAAGUUGGGGCCACUGUUGUCCGUCUGAAAGGAGGAGAUCCUUUGGUUUUUGGGCGGGGUGGAGAAGAGAUGGACUUUCUACAACAGCAAGGAAUUGAAGUGAAAGUUAUUCCUGGUAUGAUACCUUACAAUUGUAAAGCAAGUGCUCUCUUUUUGUUUCCAGAAAUACUAAUGCUCGAGUUGGCAAGCUUGAAAUCUUUGGUGAAUUAGUAGUUCAAUAAAAAACCUUUACACACAACAGUUUAUAAUGCUCUCUUGAACUCACAUUUCCAACUCCAACCCCCUACUCAUUGUUUUUUUUCUUUUGCACUUUAAAAGGCAAGGUAGGCGAUGCUUAACUACCCUGAUUUUAGCCUAGCUGGUUCAAAAAUUGGCCUAGGGGGUCCUAAGCAGGGCUAGGCUGGUCCCAUUGUAGCUAAAAUCACAUCUUUAUAUUUUAGACAAUAACAAGUCAAUCAUAGU